AUGGCCAGAAACCACCCAUCCCCCUGCUGGGUCCAUCCCUUCCUCCUGCUUGCCCUGGUCUUUGGCGGUGCAGUCCGGGCCUCCCAGAUCGUGGGUGGACACGAGGCUCAGCCCCAUUCUCGGCCUUAUAUGGCCUCCCUGCAGCUGAGCAGGUCCCCUGGGAGCCACUUCUGUGGUGGCACGCUGAUCCACCCGCGGUUCGUGCUGACGGCGGCCCACUGCCUGCAGGACAUCCCCUGGCAGCUCGUGACGGUGGUGCUGGGUGCCCACGACCUGCAAAGCCAGGAGCCUGAGCAGCAGAAAUUCACCAUCGUUCAGGUCUUCGAGAACAACUACAACCCUGAGGAGAACCUCAACGAUGUACUGCUCAUUCAGCUGAACCGGCCAGCCUCCUUGGGCGAGAAGGUGGCGCUGGCCUCUCUGCCCCAGCAGGGCCAGUCGCUGUCCCAGGGCACCCAGUGCCUGGCCAUGGGCUGGGGCCGCCUGGGCACCCGCGCGCCCACGCCACGCGUGCUGCAGGAGCUGAACGUCACGGUGGUCACCUUCCUGUGCCGGGAACACAACGUGUGCACGCUGGUGCCACGGCGGGCAGCUGGCAUUUGCUUCGGAGACUCGGGCGGCCCCUUGAUUUGUGAUGGCUUUCUCCACGGAGUCGACUCCUUCGUGAUCCGGGAAUGCGCUUCCCUCCAGUUCCCCGAUUUCUUCGCCCGGGUGUCCAUGUACGUGGAUUGGAUCCACAUGGUGCUCCGGGGCGUUGAGCGCUGA